AUACAGCGCGCCGCCUUCCCGGGAACCUGAGCGCCUGCGGGUGAGCCUCCCUGCUGUUAGCCUGGAUCUUCGCGGGAGGCGGUUCGGCGACCGCGGUUCCUUUUCGUUGGUUUGCUCCUUAGUCUCGAUAUCUGCGUGGAACAGCCUUUCUGGGGCUGUUCGGAUACCUCGGUGAAGUGCAGCGGGUUUCGAGUAGGUUUCUAGCACCCAAGCCCUGCCUCCUCCUGGAGAUGCACUUGUGAGUGGCAGGCUUCUUUUGAAUUACCGCACCUCUGGAGUUGCGGAGCUUGCAUCUCUGGAUCCGCUUACGUGAAGAGCCACCGCGUUUUUAGGCGCCCAGAGGGAAGUAGCUGUAUUUGGGAUUUAAGAUCUACCCUUCCUGCUGCAGACUCCCUGGUUACAGCUCCACGAUAGGAAUACAACUUCUCGCCGAGGGACAUGGAUGAGUAUGAGGACAGCCAGUCUCCAGCGCCAAGCUAUCAGUAUCCAAAAGAAACACUGAGAAAGCGCCAGAAUUCAGUGCAGAAUUCAGGAGGAAGUGUGUCUUCUAGGUUCUCCAGGAAAAGCUUCAAGCUGGAUUACAGACUAGAGGAGGACGUAACUAAAUCAAAGAAAGGAAAAGACGGGAGAUUUGUUAACCCAUGGCCAACAUGGAAAAACAUCUCCAUCCCGAAUGUGCUCAGAUGGCUGAUAAUGGAGAAGAAUCACAGCGGCGUUCCAGGUUCCAAAGAGGAACUUGACAAAGAGCUCCCGGUGCUUAAGCCAUAUUUUGUCAGUGACCCUGAAGACGCUGGAGUGAGAGAGGCUGGCUUACGAGUCACGUGGCUGGGACAUGCGACGCUGAUGGUGGAAAUGGACGAGCUCAUCUUCCUCACGGACCCCAUGUUCAGCUCCCGUGCCUCUCCCUCGCAGUACAUGGGUCCGAAGCGGUUUCGCCGCCCGCCGUGUACAAUAAGCGAACUCCCCACGAUAGAUGCUGUCCUCAUCAGUCACAACCACUACGACCACCUAGACUACGGCUCGGUCCUGGCGUUGAACGAGCGGUUCGGCAGCGAGCUGCGGUGGUUUGUGCCCUUGGGCCUUCUUGACUGGAUGCAGAAAUGUGGCUGCGAGAACGUGAUUGAGCUGGACUGGUGGGAGGAGAACUGCGUCCCUGGCCACGACAAGGUCACCUUCGUCUUCACGCCUUCCCAGCACUGGUGCAAAAGGACCCUCCUGGACGACAACAAGGUUCUCUGGGGCAGCUGGUCCGUGCUAGGGCCUUGGAGUCGAUUCUUCUUUGCUGGGGAUACUGGCUACUGCCCCGCUUUUGAAGAGAUUGGAAAAAGGUUUGGUCCUUUUGACCUUGCGGCCAUUCCCAUCGGAGCUUAUGAACCAAGGUGGUUUAUGAAAUACCAGCAUGCAGACCCAGAAGAUGCUGUAAGGAUUCACAUUGACCUUCAAACAAAGAGAUCUGUGGCGAUUCACUGGGGGACGUUUGCCUUAGCUAAUGAGCAUUACCUAGAGCCGCCAGUGAAACUGAAUGAAGCUCUAGAGAGAUACGGACUUUCUUGUGAGGAUUUCUUCAUACUGAAGCAUGGAGAGUCGAGAUACUUGAAUACCGAUGAUAGAGCUUUUGAAGAAACAUGAAACUAGGAAUUUUCAGUGACAACAAAAGACUAAGAAAUUCACAAAUAUUAUGACACUUUUCACAUGGAAACAAUUUCUGCAAGUGUGUGUUUUGUUUUAUAUUAUAACUUGCCAAUUGAUAAGACUAGCUUACAUAAAUUGUGGGAGUCUAGGGAUGGGUUAUUUAAGAAACUGUCCAAAAUAGACUUUAAAAAACCAUACCAAUGAUACAAACAUUGCAAAAUAUUGUUUUUUAUCAAAACAUUAUAUUUUAGUGGCAGUAAAAUUUCUGAGGUUGUGAAAAACUGACAUUAAAGUUCCAUUUCUUUUUCUAUUCAGGGCUUUCUACAGAGAGUCAUGCUUACCUUUCUAGAUUACACACACACACACACACACACACACACACCACACACACACCACACACACACCCCUUUCUUAUAUUUAUGUAAUGAUAAACUUGACCUCCACAUGGUCAUUAACUGCUGGUCGUGGUGAUGCACACCUGCAGUCCAGCACUCCAAAGAAUAAGCAGACAGGUGACAAGUUCAAGGCCAGCUAGAGCUACAAGUGAGAGAAGAAAACAUUAGCUUACGUGCCAAAUGUUAAGUGAUUUUGUUAACCAUAAGAACAUAGUUGUUUGGGCUAAAUUUAUUUUUUUAAAAUAGGUUUUUUUUAUUGUGGUCAAAUAUACAUCUCAUAAAAUGAUCAUUUUAACUAUGGUGAAAAGAAGCUCUUUGGCAUCAACUGUUUGCAUAGGUGUGCGGCCAUGAGCAUCAUGCACUUACAUCUCUGAGAGGGCAUCAUCCACACAGCUGCAUUUCCCAGGUUCAAGGCUGAUGGGCAGAGAAGGCAAGAGUGGGUUUGGGACUUAGGGCAGACCCUGUCCAAACCCAGCUAUAACUGAAGCCUCUCCCACAGGAGAGGAUGUAUUCCUGAGUGGGAGGACUUCACGCACUGGGGCGGCUCUCACUUUCUACUUCCUCUGUACUCUCUCCUGCUCCCUGCCCCAAGAUGUCAGGUAGACAGAUGUACUAGUGAGUUUUACAUGACUUGGAUGUGGUAUAUAUUUUUAUAUUAAAUGACCUAUAAGCACAAGUGUACCUUUUAGUAAGCCAUUGUGAAAUGCCAGUAGUUACUCUGUGGCUAUCUGCUGCCCAGGCUUUGUCCCAGUACGCCUCUGCAUUCACAGGUUUGUUCUGUACCUUAAGGAAGUGAGCUGCGGGGUCUUAGUGAACGUACACUCUGCUUCUGCUUUCUAGACCAAUGGGACAAAGCAGUGAGUUUUCUAUAUAUAUCAAAUAUUAUAUAGGGAGUACUCAAUAAUUUGAUUCAUUUGCAUGGGUGAUGCAUGUCACCUUGGCCUCUCAUUGGAAUUUUGCCCAUCCCAUCAUGGACUUGAUUACCCCAAAACAAGUAACUUUUAUGUUCAGACCCAAUAUCACCAUGUACAAGAGGACAAUGUUAACCUACCUCCCGAGGCAGAGAAUAAUAUUUUUAAAGCACUUUAGAAAUCUAAGGGAGAAAACUUAUGGUAUCACUCUGAUGCAGACAGGCACAGUAGACAGCUGAAGAGCAAUGCUCCCGUUGAUGCAUUGUUCCUGCCCAGAUGCUGAACUGGGGGCUGACCACCUCACCCACUCACCUUGUGACUUUAGAGGGGAAUAGCCAAUAUGAGCGACCAUCAGAAUGUAGUAUUUUUAUAUAAAAGGUUUCCACCACUCACAAGGAGAGAUGUGUACUGUAACCCUGCGUGUACAGUGAAUGUGGCUCAGAGGCACUAAUGCACAAGAUUCCAUUUAAAGUCAGCUUGAGGAAAACCGGGCAAGCGUCGGCUCUCCACUGCAAGCGGACAUGAAUCUGGACCGUAGGGCCACGGGUGCCAGCCUUGGGGCACACCGCUCCACCGGGUACCGCUGCAGCCACUGUGUUACUGUAAGCCACACUGAAACUUCUCUUAAGCAGCUGAUAUAGCUUUAAUAUUUCUGCAUGAACGGCCUUGGCAUAGCUUUUGUGCCCACAUGGACAUGGUCCAGGCUUCCCAUGUGAUUUGUGGUCUGGUCCUGGGAUGAAUUGGGAUUGCCUCAUGUUUUUUUCUUUUUCUCUUUCUUUCAGGCUUCCUCAUGGUUUUUCUUUGUUUCUGUUUACAUGUAAGUUCCACUCGUGAAGUACACCAAAUCUCUCUCACACAACCACCCUAUUGAAUGGUUUUCACUUUAUUUUUCUAAUCUACAUUUCAAAGGAUGUAUGCAUAAAGUGAAAAUAAAUUUUGAAAAAAAGUCUACUCUUGUUAGUCUAAUAUACAUUGUAAAAAUGUCUAUCUUCUAAAUAAAGUAAAUAUUAUAAAAGUA